AAAGCAGCGCUGGACAGAGGGCGGGAUUUCAACUUUCCAAAACGGCUGGGACAUUUAGUUUAGUCCGUUCUGCUCCCAGUAGCCGGACUGUCAGUUGUACUUUAUGCGUGUGCUUGCCAGAAGUUUAUCUUGUAUAUGUUGUCUAGCCACAUCGGAAAAACUCUAGGCUUUUAGUUUAACCCAGACAAAAGCUUCAGGGGUUUGAUCGCCACUGCGCAAACUCUUAUCCCAAAACAAAGACUUGCCAUUUGAAUGAGAAGUGCACUUUUAGUGGAAAUGCACUAAUGAUCUGUUACUGUGGCAAACUUUGACUGAAGGGUUGACUUUUGCAAGGACAUGGAGUAGCUCUGCACUCCUGCCUGACUGGGAAUAAACCCUACACAGUGAGAUGCUUUGAGCAACACUGAAUCAUCCCCUGGAAAAUAACCUGCAAGUCCAACUUUUUCUCCAGUAUUCCGAGUAGUGAAGCUGAAUUGUGAGCUGUUUUUCUAAAUCCAGACACAAGUAGCUGUGCUGUAUCAGGAUGGAUGCGUUAGAGACUCUGUCUGGCUCUGCACUGGAAUCUAAAGCAGAGCGCAUCGCACGCUACAAGGCAGAGAGGCGGCGUGAGUUGGCGGAGCGAUAUGCCAACCUGGAGGACAUCACCUCCAAAUACACCAGGAGGGAGAGACAUCAAGACAACAUAGAUGCUCCAGACACAGGCCCUAGCACAGCACAGAAGCCCAAAGAGGUCACUGUCCGUACACAAAGUCAGCCUGCAGAAGCUAACGACAGGGAGGGCGGAGAGAGCGAGAAAGAAGUGCAGAGUGAAAUUAACAAGAAACAUGGACCUGCAAGCAGAUCCCGGCUCGGUCUGCUGAGCACAGAGGAAGUCAAACCACCACAGGCUGAUGAUAAAGAAGCUGACAGCUUUAAGACAAGUGCGUCAGCAGGGAUGUCUCGCAGUAACAAUUCAACGACAGCUGAUAUCUCGUCCAGCUCAAAGACCAUCUUAGAGGAAGCCAUACAGGAGGAUCGUCAUGCCAACAGACUAACAGAGCUAGUCAGCACUCAGGACAGGCCAGCUAAAGCCAGUCAGUCCUUGCUGUCUUCAUCAGCUGAUGAAGAGGAGCCAGAUGGAGAGAAGGGCAGUGAGAAGAUGGAAGCAAAGGAUGAAGCGGAAAAGGAUUCAGUCAGUGAGAGACCGUUUGCUCUGAUUAUUGAGGAGCCCCACUCAAUCCCCACUCCAACUGUGAAGGUUGAGGAGCAGGAGCCUAAGGUGCUUGCAGCAGGCUUGUUAAGGCAGGACUCUGGUUCAUGUGGCCUCAGGGGCAUCCUAAAGAAGAGCCGCUCUGCAAGCCUGGAGGCUGAGCCUGCGCCAGAGAGAAGCGAAGCUCAAGGCAAAGAUAGUGAAGAGAAGCAGCAGGAGGAAAGAACAGAAGAGAUAGAAGAAGAGACAAAGGUGAAUGGUGGGAUAAAGGUCAGGCAGAGGGGAAACAGCAGCUCUAGCGAUGCUCCCCGAUCACCAUCUCUGUGUACUUCUGAGGACAGCGAGGAGCUGGACAGCAGUCUGGAUGGCAGCAUGAGCUCCUCUUUCAACCAGAGGCUUGCUGAGCUGACAGGUAGUGAUGAAGAUUGGCGCAGUAAGUUGAAGAAAUCCAAAGCCAGCGAUUUGGUCCAGACGUCCUUGGCCGACCGCUUCAACCAGCUGCAGGGCUCUGAGAACGCCUGGAAGAAGAAGAAAUCUUCAACCGAAGUGGAGACAAAAAUGUCCUUAUCCCAGCGGAUGAAGAUCCUGCAGGAGAAGGAAGAGCAGUGGAAAACUAAAGGGAAAGGAGCUGCCAACGACUCCACACAGUUCUCUGUGGCUGGACGCAUGGCCAAGAGAGGUCUUGUAUCCCCCACUAGAGAUGAUGUGCCUGUUAUCCUCAGCAAGAAAGCAAGCCACAGCACACCAGUCAAGCCUUUAGAAGAGAUCUCCACUCGACCUGACGCUGAGGGCGACAUGCGGCUUGACAAACUGGAGUCCUUUUUAGACAAACUUCACAGUAAAGGUGUAAGCAGUAAACCUUCUACCAUCGAGGUGACGGAGGAGAAGGAGAAGGAGGUGAUGACCCUGGAUGAUGACGAGACAUUUCAGCGCUUUUUUAAGUCUCCCAUGCCCAUGUCCCCCACAUCACAGACCUCAAAUUUGAUUCUGGAUAAAGAGGAGGAUUUCAGUGUUGUCCUGUUUGACUCUCCAAAGUUAACCACAUCAGUAGCAGAGCACAGGCGGUCAGUGAGGCCUUCCCGCAACACAAAAGGCUCAAGGAACCCUCUACGUGCCCUGGCAGCUCGAGCCGACCUGAGACAGGCUUACACUGAGCAGAGACUCAACGUAGCAACUGUGGAGGCCAAGAGGAUCCAAGUAGAGAGAAUGGCUAAACACUCAAAGAUGGCUGGUUGUGCCUUGGCCGGAUUGGCAAGUAAAGAAAACUUCAGGAAUGUAAACCUACGAAGUGUUAAGUCCACUGAAGUGGUGACCAACAACAGCGCAGUUCCUUUUCACAAGCUCAUGCUCAUCCACAUCAAAGGGCGCAGACACGUUCAGGUGCGUCUGGUGGAGCCCACAGCCCUCUCUCUAAACAGCGGUGAUUGUUUUCUGCUAAUUACCCCAAAUCACUGCUUCCUGUGGUGUGGGGAAUUUGCCAACGUUAUCGAGAAGGCCAAGGGCUCAGAGAUGGCACAGUAUGUCCAGGCUAAGAGAGACCUCGGCUGUAAAGCCCCUCAGGUCACGGUUCUGGAGGAGGGCAUCAACACAAGCAGCCGCACUGCCAAGGAUUUCUGGAACCUUCUUGGAGGACAGACAGAAUAUAGAGCUGCCGGGGAUCCUGAUGAAGAUGAACUGUAUGAGAGUGGUAUUUUGGAGUCGAACGCUAUCUAUAGGGUGGUAGAAGACAAGUUAGUGCCUUAUGAGGAAGCCUGGGCCUCCAUCCCCAGUGUGACUCUACUGAACUCCAAAGAGGCUUUGGUGUUUGAUUUUGGCAGCGAGGUGUAUGUGUGGACAGGGAAGGAUGUGGCCCUGAGUGACAGGAAGGUGGCAGUGCAGCUGGGCAAACAGCUCUGGAGUGGAACCUAUGAUUACAGCACCUGCAGGGUCAACCCCCUGGACUCUUCCUCCUCCAAUAAGGAUCUCCCUCAACAAGGUGAGGGCAGGCCGAGUUGGGCUCUGUUUGGAAGGCUUUCAGAGCAUAAUGAGACAGCACUGUUCAGGGAGAAGUUUCUGGACUGGGCCGAGCGCAAACCCAUGAAAGAUGAGCCAGCAGUGGGGGAGGUGAAGAGUCCAGUACAGCAACACUUCACUGCCACUCAGGACUCGGACCUGAAGCCGUGUGACGUAAAGGCAUUGCUGGAUGGAGGUGACAUUCCUCUAAAGAUGGCUUUAGAGGGUGUAGAUGUGCAGAGAGGUUAUGGUUUAGUCAGUACAGAAGACGGACGACAGGCUCAGUUAGCCACGGUGGCAGUAGAUGCCUGGCAUAUUCGCGAGUUUGAUGAUUUUGAGAUCCCGGCCGAGAGCGUGGGUCAGCUGCACGAGGGUGACACCUACGUCAUCCGCUGGAAGUACUCCAUCACCAGUGUGGUGGGUAAAAGACAGAAGCCUGGUGAACUGAGUGCCUCAGGUCCUGGCAGAGAGCGCAUUGCUUGCUUCUUCUGGCAGGGCCGUCAGUCAAGUGUGAGUGGGCGGGGCACCUCAGCACUCAUGACGGUGGAGCUGGGAAACCAGCGGGGAUCACAAGUACUCGUCACACAGGGCAAAGAGCCACCCUGCUUCCUCCAGCUCUUCAACGGAGGAUUAGUUAUCCACCGAGGCUCCAGAGAGGACAGUGGAAAAAACACAGGUGGUUGGAGGAUGUUCUGUAUACGUGGGGAGGUAGUAGUGGAGGCAUCUCUUCUGGAGGUUGAGUGCUGCAGUUCUAGCCUGCGCUCUCGUGGCUGUCUCCUCGUCCUGGGUGUACAACAGGGACAGCUGUACCUGUGGCGUGGCUGCAAGGCUCAGUCAACAACCUACGAUGUGGCCAAAAGGACUGUGGAGCGCCUCACACACACCUGUGCUCCAGAGCUCGGGUUAAACAGCAACACUAAUCUGAAAGUGCAGGAGAUAGAAGAAGGUUCAGAGCCGCAGGAGUUCUGGGAUGCACUCGGCAAGCAGGACAGGAAAGCAUAUGACUGUAUGCUGCAAGAUCCAGGAAAAUACAACUUCACACCUCGUCUUUACCGCCUCAGUGCCAGUUCUGGAACCUUCGAAGGGGAGGAACAACUGAGUCCUUCACGAGUGCUGGGUUCUGUGAUGGCGAUGCCGUUCCUGCAGGAGAACCUUUAUUCCACACCUCAACCAGCUCUGUUUCUGCUGGAUAACAGGAUGGAAGUGUACCUGUGGCAAGGCCAGCAGCCAGAGGAUGCAGAGUGCACAGGUUCUGCUAAGAUCCGCUGGGACAACGAAAGGAAGUGUGCCAUGGAGUCUACGCUGCAUUACUGCAAAGCAAAGAACUCCAGGCGACCCCCACCGGCUUAUCUAAUCUUGGCUGGAGCUGAGCCCCUUACAUUUACUAACAUCUUCCCAUACUGGGAGAAAGAUCCCAGCAUCAGAAUGCAGGGUAUGAGGAAUAAGGUAAUCCUUGUGGACGAUGCUCUGUCCAAGCUGAGCAAGAAUCAGUACUCUCUGGAGGAGCUGACCACCAGACCGCUGCCUGAAGGAGUGGAUCCUCUGCGCCUUGAGCUCUACCUGUCUGAUGAAGACUUCCAGACGGCUCUGGAGAUGACGCGAGAAGAGUUCAGUGUGCUCCCCAACUGGAAACAGCUGAAACUAAAGAAGAGCAAAGGCCUCUUUUAGAUUUGUAAUGGAUAUUUCAAAAAAGGAAGGACAGAUGCGUUGUGUGUUGAUGUGGGAAACCAGUCCAAUGUAUAGUACCAAAUGUACAGUCUGAACUUUUUUUUACACAAUGAACUGACCCGGCAAUUUUGUAGAGAAUUUUUCUAAAUGGCAAUUAUUGUAGCAAACUAGCUUUAUACAUGAGUUGAAUGGGCUUUCUAUUGAUAUAUACCAUAAAAUGGAUAAAAAACAUAAAUUGACAAUUUAUUGUCAGUAUAUUAACUUGUGUCUGAUUAAUUACGUACAAGCGUGAUUUUUUCUUUUUUUUUUUCUUUUGGGUUGCCAAUACAAGUCUUUAUUUUAAAGAAAAGACCAGCUUACUAAGACCCAUAACAUUAUCGUGUAACACAUUUGCUCUCAUUAGUUGUUUGCAAAAUGGAAAGUCAUAUAGAUGUUCACCUGUGUGCAGUUCUGCAUUUUGACAGUGUUAUAUGUGGAGUUUGGGCUCUAAUACUGUGGCUAUACUACCUAUGUUAAAGAAAAUAACGAUUUUGUAAUUGAAUACAAUGUGCAGUUUAUGGAAUAUUACACAGUAUGUGCUUUGUUUCAAAUUAGACCGUUUCUGUUUUAACCACUAGGUGUCAGGCUUGAUUACAUUCAAGAGACCACUGGGUCAUUAAAACAUACAGUUUACAGACGUUGGGCAUGACCAUGUGUUAUAACGUCCUAAAGUCUUGCUUUGUGUUUAGUGUAAAUCUGUAAUAUUAAUGUGUGAUGAAUGAAUGAGUUAUUGUUGCUAACAUUCCCUCAGUUAUGUAAAAGCAGUACUUGUCUCAGUGCAAUUUAUAACGUUUUUUUUUGUUGUUUAGAAAUAACAAGGUUUCUUUUCAGUUUGAUUUAAGGCAUGACAAAGAGAUCAGAUUAGUAUGUUGGUGGCUUUUGAUCGAAACAGGUAGCUAUGGGAAGCUAUAAGCACAUUUAAAAGUACAUGAAAAAGUAAAGGCGUAUUGUUGUUUUAUUUUUAUUUUAUAGCCAGACAUAUGUAUUAAAUACACAUAAAAAACAAAACACUUUUUUUUUUCCAUUCCAACCAGGUCUAACAUAAGAUUAAAUUACACAAUAAAAACAACUCAUCUAUGAGAUUUUGUUUUUGGACACAGGAAAAAGAAUAAAAAACAAGUAGAAGAAAAACGUCCAGGUACAAUAGUUAUGGGUAGCUGUGUGAAGCUAUUAGCACAUGUAUACGCACAUGUGUAUUUCAAUGACAAUACACUCACACAUGAAGUCUAGGGUUACUGGUCGAUGCUUAAACAUAAUCUUAACAUAAAGGUUUCUCAGAGUCGUUCAGACUGUAAUCUGGUAGAAGAGACUCGUUGUGUGGGAAGACGUCGUUAUGGGAAGUCUGGGAAACUGAAUAGCGAUUAGAGCGUGAUUGCCUGUAGAGAAAUUGUCGAGUCUGUAAUGAACGCUGUAGUGUGAGGAGAAAGGAGAUCACAUGAGGUAAAUUCAGUAGGUGCGGAACAAUCGAAUAACACAAUGACACAAAGUGUGAAGGUGAUCCAAUGGCAGGAUUCAGUGAUUCUCUGUCAUCUCUUUUUUCUCAAUUCCUAUCUCAGUUCUAUCCUUUACAUGGUUACAUUCAUUAUCUUUAAUUAAAGCUGUGCAUUAUC